GUGGUGAUGCAUGCCUGUAGUCCCAGCUACUCCGGAGGCUGAGGGAGGAGAAUCACUUGAACCCGGGAGGCGGAAGUUACAAUGAGCCGAGAUCCGCGCCACUGCACUUCAGCGUGGGCGACAGCGAGACUCCGUCUCAAAAAACAAAACAAAAGCAAAGGAGAGAGUACAUAAACCAUCUCCAGGCUAGUUUCUUUAACUAGUCUUCAUAUAAUAAUCUCCUCAAGGUCCUGUUCUAUCCCUACAAAAUACAAAACAGUUCCUCGUGUCUUCCUUCAAAUAUACUAGUCUUUAGCUCAUCAGAGUAGCUGAGUUAGUCCAAGGCAUAAUCCCAAAAGCGAAACUGAAUGUCAGAAUUGAUCUCAUUUCAACACUCAUUCCAGAAGUAAAAACUUCUGCAAGUUCAGCUUUUGACUAUGAAUUCUUCAGCGCCACUUUUGCAGAGAGCUCUGUUCCAAGAAGCUGGCGCCUUAACACAAGCUAUCUACCGAUGCACAAGGGGAGGCUGGCUUGGGUCCAGAUUCGGCGGGAGAGUGGAAACGCGACGCUGGCCGACUUCAGCCACAAAGGCAAUUUCUGCCCAGGGUUAGCGUUCCUAAGAGGGGGCCGAGAGAGCUCCAGGCUCGGGUGUAGGGGCAAGAAGACCCAGAGCUAAAGCACCUCUCGGAGGGCCCAAGCUCAGGGCUCAGUCACCCUCCCAGCUGGCAGCCGGCGCUGGAACACAGCGGCGCGAGGAGAAACCCCUAGAGACCGGGAAAAGGUGGACGUAGCGGCUGACGCUGCCCAGACGCUAGGCGCCGACGGGAGCCUGAUUGUCACCGUAGGACCAGUGAGGGGGCGGGGCGGAGCUGUGUCUCAAAGCGCCUGCGCAGAGAGCCUGCAAUCAGAGACCAGGCUUGGGAGGCGACGGAGAGGAACGCUGGGCCGGGAGGCCCACUGCAUACGCAGGCGCACUCGGCGAUCCCGGCUUUUCAGCGCGCAGUUCCCGCACAGGCCUCGGGGGGGGGGCAGGGGCGGGGCAGGGGCGGGGAUAAAUGCGGAGGGACGGUCCAGCUUUAGCUCUCUGCUCGCCGCCGCCGCUGUCGCCGCCACCUCCUCUGAUCUACGAAAGUCAUGUUACCCAACACCGGGAGGCUGGCAGGAUGUACAGUUUUUAUCACAGGUGCAAGCCGUGGCAUUGGCAAAGCUAUUGCAUUGAAAGCAGCAAAGGAUGGAGCAAAUAUUGUUAUUGCUGCAAAGACCGCCCAGCCACAUCCAAAACUUCUAGGCACAAUCUAUACUGCUGCUGAAGAAAUUGAAGCAGUUGGAGGAAAGGCCUUGCCAUGUAUUGUUGAUGUGAGAGAUGAACAGCAGAUCAGUGCUGCAGUGGAGAAAGCCAUCAAGAAAUUUGGAGGAAUUGAUAUUCUGGUAAAUAAUGCCAGUGCCAUUAGUUUGACCAAUACAUUGGACACACCUACCAAGAGAUUGGAUCUGAUGAUGAACGUGAACACCAGAGGCACCUACCUUGCAUCUAAAGCAUGUAUUCCUUAUUUGAAAAAGAGUAAAGUUGCUCAUAUCCUCAAUAUCAGUCCACCACUGAACCUAAAUCCAGUUUGGUUCAAACAGCACUGUGCUUAUACCAUUGCUAAGUAUGGUAUGUCUAUGUAUGUGCUUGGAAUGGCAGAAGAAUUUAAAGGUGAAAUUGCAGUCAAUGCAUUAUGGCCUAAAACAGCCAUACACACUGCUGCUAUGGAUAUGCUGGGAGGACCUGGUAUCGAAAGCCAGUGUAGAAAAGUUGAUAUCAUUGCAGAUGCAGCAUAUUCCAUUUUCCAAAAGCCAAAAAGUUUUACUGGCAACUUUGUCAUUGAUGAAAAUAUCUUAAAAGAAGAAGGAAUAGAAAAUUUUGACGUUUAUGCAAUUAAACCAGGUCAUCCUUUGCAACCAGAUUUCUUCUUAGAUGAAUACCCAGAAGCAGUUAGCAAGAAAGUGGAAUCAACUGGUGCUGUUCCAGAAUUCAAAGAAGAGAAACUGCAGCUGCAACCAAAACCACGUUCUGGAGCUGUGGAAGAAACAUUUAGAAUUGUUAAGGACUCUCUCAGUGAUGAUGUUGUUAAAGCCACUCAAGCAAUCUAUCUGUUUGAACUCUCCGGUGAAGAUGGUGGCACGUGGUUUCUUGAUCUGAAAAGCAAGGGUGGGAAUGUCGGAUAUGGAGAGCCUUCUGAUCAGGCAGAUGUGGUGAUGAGUAUGACUACUGAUGACUUUGUAAAAAUGUUUUCAGGGAAACUAAAACCAACAAUGGCAUUCAUGUCAGGAAAAUUGAAGAUUAAAGGUAACAUGGCCCUAGCAAUCAAAUUGGAGAAGCUAAUGAAUCAGAUGAAUGCCAGACUGUGAAGGAAAAUAUAAAAAAAAAGUCGACUGCUAUGCUCAAAAAGUAAAAAAAGCUCAACAGUUAAAAUCUAAUGUUUGUUUUCUUUCCUGUUGUAUUAUAAGGAUAUGCACGUUUGUUCUGGAAAAGAUAGAAUUUGUCUCUAAAAGACUUGAAAUUGUAAUUAAAAUGACAAGCUAAUCAAACAUAAGCUUAAUUAAGUGGGAUUCUAAGACAGUCUGUGUUUUUAUAUUUCAGGGGUUUAACCCUUUGAGCCUUACAUCUCAUUCACUGUCUUUCUCCAAGAAAAGUAUUUUGGGCGGACAGUCAGAUCAAGCAGUAAAAUUAGCUCUUUCAAAUCUUCUUGUCAUGUAAAAUGAAGCUAGUCUGUUUUAAAAUUUUUAGUUUUGGAUUGUAUACUAAUGAAAAUCUUAAUGUUUUUGAUUUUAAUAUACUUAUUUUAAAGAAAAUCUUAUAUAGUGCAUUUUACAAAAAUUAUAAAAAACGAAUUACUACUGGCGAGGACUAAAUGAAACAAUAAUUUUUCAUUUUGAUAACUAGCUUUCCAGGUGGACUUAGCCAUAGGAAAAUAUUACUAAUGUAAUUUAACAAAUUGCUGCAUGUAUUCCAUUUAAAAAUAUGUUUAAAUUGUCCUAAAACAAAAUAAUUUUCUCCCUAGGAGUAUGCAUUUGGCUACAAUGUUUUGAAACAGGAACCUUAGAAUAGGUCAUUGGUAUGGGCUGAACUGUGUAACCCCCAAUUCAUUUGUUGAGGUCCUAACUCCCAUUUCUUUUGAAUGUGACUGUUCGGAGAUGAGGCCUUUAAAGAGGUGACUUAAGUUCAAAGGAGGCUGUUAGUCUAAUCCAACAUGGUGUCCUUUGGACAUAAGAGAUACCAGCGACGUGUGCACAGAACGAAGACCAGGAGAGGACACAGUGAGAAGGCAGUUAUCUGCAAGCAAAGAGAGAGGCCUCAGAAGAAACAAAAUCACCAGCACCUUGAUCUUUGACUUCUAAUCUCCAGAAUAGUGAGAAAUAAAUUUCUGUUGUUAAGCCGUCCACUGUGGGAGGCCGAGGCAGGAGGAUUGCUUGAGGCCAGAAGUUCAAGGCCAGCCUGGACAACAUAGUAAGACCCUGUCUCUACCCCCCUAAUAAAUUAAUUUAAAAAGCCCCCCAAUCUGUGGUAUUUUUUUAUGGCAGCCCUAGCAAGCUAAUACAGUGGUUUGAGAGGCUGGGAGGGUUGAGGGGAAGAUAAACUUUAAAAAAGCUCUUAUCUUUCAUUUCAAUCAGUUAAAAAUACUUGCUCAGUGUAACAAUUUUGCUUCUCAUCUUCCACUCUAAUAUUGUUGUGCCAUUAAGCAAUUUAGCUAAUCCUGACAUUUCUUAGAUUCAUAAUGUUAGGAGCAUUUAAUCUGUAUUUUACAAGUUAGGAAGCAGAGGAUCAGAGAUGGGAAAGGACUAGCCCAAGGCCAACAUUAACAAGCCCUCUAACAAAAACUUUACAAUACAUUUAUGUUGAAUGGAACUCCAAGAUCUCACCUCUCCAUCCAGGAAUGGAGUCCAUGUAAUCAAAGUGAACUUAAAAAUAGGACAAUUUCAACAAGUCAGGAGAUUCACAGCAACUGAUCAAAGGGAGUCCAGUCAACGUGAGCAAGCGUGAUUAUGAUGAGGAAGCCCCCUCUGCUUUAAUCCACACAAGGAACGUAACCUGAAGUAACCUGAUGUUAACCAAUCUGCUAUGUCUACUAUGCUGUUUCCUUGUUCCUGCUAGUGCUGCCUUACAAAUGCAGACCGUUCUGUCAUACCUGGCGGAGCUUCUGUUUAUUUUGUAGGCUGGAUGCUACCCAGUUCAUGAAUCGCUAAUAAAAGCCAAUUAGAUCUUUA